AUGGCAACCUUCAACAAUGGUCAAUUCCCUGCGAAUCUUCCAGUCUUGGAUGGAAAGAAUUAUGAUAAUUGGAGCAAACAGAUGAAAGUUUUGUUCAAUUAUCAAGAUGUGAUGGAUCAAGUGAUUAAUGGUGUGGAAUCACUCCCAGAAGGUGCAACAGAGGUUCAAAGAACUCAACACAAAGAAUUGAAGAAGAAAGACUACAAGGCAUUGUUCAUAAUCCAUCAAAGUGUAAGCCCUGAUAUCUUUGAAAAGGUUGGAGAUUGUGAAUCAGCUAAGCAAGCUUGGGAUAUCUUGGCUACAGCUUAUGCUGGAGAUCAGAAGGUGAAGAAAGUGAAGCUACAAACCCUAAGAAGCAAGUUUGCACAGCUACAAAUGGAAGAGAAAGAAACUGUAAGUGAAUUCUUUACAAAGAUUGCAAAAUUAGUUAAUGAAAUGAAAGCAUGUGGUGAAAUUGUGUCUGGUACAAUGAGAGUUGAAAAGAUACUGAGAUCUUUAACUCCUAAGUUUGACUAUGUGGUAGCUGCAAUAGAAGAGUCUAAAGAUCUUGACACUAUCAAGCAGGGUAACAAGAAUAAGAAAGGAAAGGGAAAAUGGCAAGGCAAUAAGGGAAAAGAUAGUUAUCAGAAUGGAAAUGGAAAAGAGAAUCAAGAUACCAAAGGAGGUGGAAAUCAGAAGAAACAGUUCAAUGGUGGUAGAGGUGGUUACAAUGGAGGUGGAAGAGGUGGAAGAGGUGGAAGAGGUGGCAGAGGUGGAAGAGAUGAAUGUAGAUUCAAAGAGGAAUCAAGUGAUGCUGAAGCCAAAAUGGCUAGAAAUGACGAUGAUGAUGAAGGCUCAGUUAUGCUUCUUGUAACUACAAAAGAUGAAAGUGACCUUCAAGAUGAAGGCUACUCAGAAUCACAAUGUAUGAAAUGUAAUCUACUCAGUAUAGGCCAAUUGCUAGAGAAAUAUUACAGAAUUAUAAUGGAGAAUAGGUUGCUGAAAGUGUACAACACUAAAGGCAACUUGAUGUUAAAAACUGAAAUGUCAAAGAAUAGAACAUUCAAGAUUGGGCUCAAUGUUCUGAAUCACAAGUGCUUGAUGACUGCAUCAAGAAGAGAAGAAUGA